UACAUCGUUUCGGUAUGUAAAUAAGGAAAACAAAAAUGUCGGAAACAAAACCUAAAACUGGCAAAGGAAAACUGCCUCCAAUUGAUCCAAAUGCCACAGCAGAUGAUGCAGAUAAACCCAAAAAGAAAGUUGUGAAAAAGAAGAAGAAGCCUGUCGAGGAAACAGCAGCGGAGGGUGUCGAACCACCAAAACGUACUCCACGAAAGAAGAAAGCAGCAAGUGCAGACUCGACUGCUGGGGAAGGCGCGGAGACAACUGCUCCUAAAAAGAAGAAACGGGUGCCUAAAAAGACAGAUAAAGAAGGGGAUCCAUCUUCAGCCAGAAGUGCUACAAGUCAGGGAGAGGAUGUGAAUGGAAGUAAAGCAAGCUUGAUAAAGUCACCAAAAGAUGGAACACCCAGGAAGAAAAAAACAAAAAAGAAGGAUAAGAAAGCUGAGCGUGGGGAAACAGAGGCUGGGUUUGACAAUACCCUGACAGCUGAGCUAACAGACCUUCAGGAUGACAUAAUACCUCACGAUGCUAAGCGAGAUGAGGAGGAAGAAGAGGAAUAUAAGAAACCGUAUGCAACAGGAUCGCAUGCUGUACGCUCACAACCAACAGAGAAAUUCUAUAUUGAAACUGAUGGAGGAUUUAAGGGUGAAAACAAGAACAGGUUUGCGAAAAGACAAUUAGAAGAAGCUAAAGAAAAGGCCAUAGUUCAUGAAGAACCCAAAAAUACAACCAUGGAAUUUGCUCUCACAACACAGAAAGUUAUACGGACAUUUAGCUUAUUUUGUCAUGGACUUCUAGCAGGUUUAUCUGUAUGGCAUAUUGUUAUGGCAUACGUAUUGUUAGACUUUCCGCUCCAAGAUUUUAUACUACAUUAUGGAAAACUAGCACUUCCAGUUCAGUGUAUAUUCUUCAUAUUACUGCUCAUAUGUACAGUAUCAGCUCUUGACAGGUUUGAUGUAGCUAAUCCACGAGGAGGGUUUGUGUUAAAGGCGCUCACACUUCAGAAUGGGACGGUCUCGGUGGUCUUCUAUUUUGCUGCCCUUCUUGUGAGCCUAUCCAACGCUGCCUUAGAAGACAAGAUACACCUGUAUGACCAGCAGUUACGCAAUCUUACAGUCAAUGAGGAGUUGCUGACGUUGGGUGAUGACGAGGUGCAGCUUUGGCGGAACCUGAACACAUCUCGGAAUGUCCUGAGCGUCAUUGGCUGGUUUGUUAUCUCUCUUACACCGCUCACAGAUCGCCUCACAGAUAACCUCAAACACACAGACGAAGAUGAUCUGCUUGGAGUGGAAGUGGAAACGAACAAGUCUGCUAUUGCUUAAGAUGCAAAUUAUUUAUUAGUGUUUGACAAAUAUAUUCUCGUUCACUAGAGUGAUGAUGCUGUGCGUACAACAUUUAUCGUGAUCGAACCUCUGAUGAAUGAGAAAGGACAAAUGAGACGCAGAGGAAAUAUAGUGUCAUAUUAAAUAAUUUGUUUUACAUAUCAUAGUUUUACAUAUCAGAUUUUAUACUGAAAAUAAUAGAUCUGAAUUUGAAAAUAUUAAUAAUCAAUACUUGUACUGUUUACUGUUUAGAAUAUCAAUUUCUUAGGUACUAGCUUCGUGUGAAUGGUUUGUGUAUUAAUAAUAGUGGAACUUGGGGGAUUUCCUUACAUGGGCCACCAUGACUCUUAUUUCAUAGAUUAUGAACCUCUUGAAUUUCUUCGAUCUUAAUUCCAGUGCAUGGACAUAUCAGAACAGAUAAGUGAAUGAUAUGCUUUUUGCUAUUAAAAUAACAUGUUUGUGAUUUUUAUGUAUUCCGUCCAUAUUAUGGAAGUUAACUUCCUGUUGCCCAAUUAUAGUUUGUUUUAAAAACAAUUGUUUGGUUUGUGAUUAGUUAAAUGUAAAAUCAAUUCAAUCAAUGAAUUAUUAAGACACAUAAAUUAUGCAUAACAUGUAGGCUGUGAAUGUCUCUUGUAUAUGUUUUUAUGGCAGCAGAUGUUUACUUACUACAUUUAUUAUUUAACUUCAUUUAACAAUCUCUUAAGCAUUGUGUACCUUUUAAAGUGUUGGAGAGUUUUGAAUUUUGAGUUGACCCAGUCGGACAUCCCUUUUAGCAUUUUUUAGCUAAAAUAGUUCAUUGUAUAGAUUUAAAGGUUGUGCAUUUUUAUACAAUGUAGUUAUUAUGGAUUUUAAAUGUAAAAACUAUAAAUAAA